UAUUAAAUAAUAAAAUCCCCAUGUUUCAACAUUUGGCUGAUCCAAACAUAGAACAAUUAGCUUUUAGUCUUUGGAAUUAUAUUAUUCUAAUCAAUUCUUACUUGAAGAGCAAGAAUCUCUUGUCUUGGCUUGCUUACUUUCUUGAAGACGGUGAUGAAGUUGUAAUGGAGGACAAGAAAGCAAAUAUAAUAGCUGCAACAGUAAUCACCGGCCUCAUCGUUUUUAUUAUCGUUGCUCGAGUAUCAUUGAAACUUUCAAGGGCUUUCUUCCUCAUUGUAGGGGCAGAUAUUGCAGUAAUCCUUGCAGUACUUGUGUGUCUUGUGAUUAGAGGGCGGUAUCAUCACAGAAGAAAACUGUUAGAGAAGAGGCUGGUAUCCGAAUGUCGAGAGCUUCGAAUAGAGUACAGUUUUCUUCGAAAGGUAGCUGGAGUUCCAAUCAAGUUUAGGCACAAGGAGCUUGAGGAUGCAACAGAUAAUUUUCAGGCACUGCUAGGAAAAGGUUCAUCUGCAUCAGUAUUCAAAGGUAUCCUUGGUGAUGGCACUUCGGUCGCUGUAAAGAGAAUCGAAGGGGAGGAGCACGGGGAAAAGGAGUUUAGAUCUGAAGUCGCGGCAAUUGCAAGUGUGCAACAUGUGAAUCUUUUGCGUCUUAUGGGGUAUUGUUGUCUUCCUGGAGGGCCUAGGUUCCUUGUUUAUGACUUCAUCCCUAAUGGUUCAUUGGACAAUUGGAUCUUCCCUAGAAGGGAAAGGGAAACCAGAAAUCACCCUGGAGGCUGUUUGGCAUGGGACUUAAGGUACAGAGUCGCUAUCGAUGUGGCUAAGGCACUCUCAUACCUACAUCAUGAUUGUCGAUCGAGGAUAUUACACCUUGACGUCAAACCAGAAAAUAUACUUCUUGAUGAGGAUUAUAAAGCGAUUGUGGCAGAUUUUGGUCUUUCAAAGUUAAUGGGAAAAGAUGAGAGUAGGGUCAUUACAACAAUCAGAGGGACUAGAGGUUAUUUAGCCCCGGAAUGGCUCUUGGAGCGUGGAGUUUCAGAGAAAUCUGACAUCUACAGCUACGGAAUGGUUCUUUUGGAGAUGAUCGGAGGUCAAAGAAAUGUUAGUCUUAUCGAAAAUGGCACCGAUAGGUCUCAGAGGAAAUGGCAGCUCUUUCCUAAAAUUGUGAGCAAAAAACUAAAAGAAGGAAAAUUAAUAGAAGCUGUUGAUCAGAGGCUGGUUGAAGCAGGAGAGAUUGAUGAUAGACAAUUAAAAAGAAUGGUUUAUGUAGCUUUGUGGUGCAUACAAGAGCGGGCGAAACUGAGGCCAAGCAUGGCACAAGUGGUUGAGAUGCUUGAAGGGCGUGUUAUGGUAGAUGAACCCCCUGACACUCAAAUGGUUGUUGUUGAUUUGUUAUCCAUAGAUGAGGAGGAUAUUGACUAUCAUCACCGGCCAAAAAUCGCUGUAAUCGGAUCGGAUGUAGACUGCAACAUUCCUACCUCAACUUCAUCUUCUUUUUCAAUGUCUGUACUAUCCGGCCGGUAGCUCCCUCUUAUAUGAUCAUUGGUUGAUUCAGCUAGAGGGUCCUAUCUUUUUUUUAUUAUACUUAUUGAAGCAGAAUCCUUUAUUCUGCCAUUAAUUCCUCAACCAUUUUCUUUUUACUAAUGUUGUUUAACCUAAGAUAAGAUGAGGCAUUGACACUGCCGUCUGCCCUUGGUGAACUUCCCUUGGCAACUUUCUGGUUUUCACUUCAAACCCAGUUUUCUGCAGAAAAUUGGAUUUGAUCUUCCGGAAGAUCCUCUCUGAAUAAUGCCUUUAAAAUAAUAUGUUUACUUGGUCAAG